CGUUGCCGUGAUCACGUGAUCGGUCGGUCCGGUGAUAGAGUCGCUGAUGUGCACAGAGCCGCUCGAAAGCGAUAAUAAAUAAGAGAUCCGCGCAUGUGAAUGUCAUUUGAUUUGUUUAGCUGUCGGGAGAGUGAUUCACAGCGCGAUGUUUCGAUGUGUCUGGUGUCAUUCUGCCUGCUGAUGGCUAGAGACGAUACAAGGAUCAAAACAAAUGAACGAUUUUAACAGGUUUGACUUGUUAAAACAGUCGACGGUCUCAGACUGAAAUAUGAUACACGUUACGCUAUUUUGACAAGGUCUGUGUAAAAUAUCCGCUGUGCUUGAUGCAGAUAUCCGCUUAGCAUUAGCUUUAGCCGCAGAUGUAGUCAGUCACUGCUCACGUGACUCUAUCUCCACAACAGAUGAUCAAACACUCAUAGAUCCACACACACACACACACACACACUCCUCUGACAGCAGGCAUCAUGGCGAACGUGACGGAUCUGCAGAGUAAAUACAGUAAACUGGCCCAGGAGUACUCAAAGCUCAGAGCUCAGAAUCAGGUGCUGAAGAAGGCCGUGGUGGACGAGCAGACCGCCUCCUGCUCCCUGAAGGAUGAGCUGAAGCAGAAGGAGCAGAGCUUGAGGAAGGUGGAGCAGGAGAUGGACAGCCUGAGCUUCAGGAACCAGCAGCUGACCAAACGAGUGGAGCUACUGCAGGAGGAGCUGCUGCUGUCUGAGAGCAAGAGCAAGAAGAGCAAAAAUAAAGGUGACUCUCCAUCUCAGGUCAACCUGCAGACACAGAGUGUGUUUGAUGAAGAUCUGCAGAAGAAGAUCCAGGAGAACGAGCGGCUUCACAUCCAGUUUUAUGAAGCGGAUGAGCAGUACCGUCGACAGGAGGCUCAGCUGAGAGCACGGCUGGAUCAGCUGGAGAAAGAGUCUGAGCAGCAUCAGGCCGUCGUCGACGCUCUCAACCGCAAAUACACAGACGCCAUCGAGAAACUGCAGAACGAUAAAGCCCGUCUGGAGGUAAAGGCUCAGACGCUGGAAAGAGAAGCCAAGGACUGUCGAAUCAGAACUGAAGAGUGUCAGCAGCAGCUGAGGAAGUACCAGAGUGAAGUGAGCAGUCAGUUAAAGCACAGCAGCAGUGUGAUCCAGGAGAAAGUGCCCUUCAACGACACCCAGCUGAGUGACUACAACAGUCUGAACGUUCCUCUGCACAACCGAAGGCAUCAGCUGAAGGCUCGUGACGUGGCGGCUCAGGCUCUAGGGUUUGUGCAGAAUCUGGUCUCGGCUCUGCUGAACUUCCACUCGUACACGGAGCAGAGAGUCCACAUCUACCCGCUGGACUCGUCCAUCGAGGCCAUCUCGACCGUCAACCUGAAGUUCUCUCAGUAUCUGCACGAGAACGCCUCGUACCUGCGUCCGCUGGAGGAAGAUCUGCUGCAGCUGCAUCACAGCAUCACAGAGGACGGCAUCACUGCUCUGGAGACGCUGGCCAAGCUGCAGGACUUCUCCAGAUCCUUCUCCUCCUACAGCAGCUUCCUGCAGAAGAUCCUGCCCUACCAGCUCCAGAGUCUAGAGGAGGACUGCGAGGCGUCUCUCUGCACGACAGCGCUGGCGUCCAAGAACCGGCAGUUACAGAAGGACAUGAAGAAACUGACCGCUGUCUUCCAGAAGCUGAAGUCUUACGUGGCUCUGCUAGCCCUGCCCAGUGUGUGUUCAGAUGCCAUGUGUCAGAGCAGUGCUAACGCAGUCUUCACCCAGAUGAGCGCGUGUUUACACGGCCUUCACGACGCCGCCACAGAGCUGUCGCAGCACUACAGUCAGAAGGCGUCUCUGGAGCAGGAUCUGCCCACCGUCACGCAGAAGUUUCGCACCACUAACGAGUGUUUGCUGUCCUCGCUGGCGUCGCUCACCAACAGCUGUGGAAAGAUGGCCACCUUCUUCAGCAACAACCUGGAUUUCUUGGCGUCGUGUCCCGGCUACAGUCCACGAGGAGGCUUCCUGAACCCGCGGCAGGUGGACAGCGUGACGGAGAACAAGAGACGAGCUGCCACCUACAUGAGCACCAUCAGAAAGGUGCAGUCAGAAUCGGUGCCGUACAGAGAAGCGUUAGCAAACAGACACGUUCUGACGAGCUCUACGGAGAGCAGAGAGGGACUCAUGCAGCAGGUGGCUCAGAGUCAGGAGAAGAUCUCUCGUCUGGAGCAGGAGAAGGAGCACUGGCUGCUGGAGGCUCAGCUGGGGCAGGUGCGUCUGCAGAAGGAGAUCCAGCGCAUCGCUCAGCUGGAGGCUCAGAUCACCACCGGAUGCCCAGCAGAGACGCACAGCGCCGCGGACAGCCCCGAGCCUGUGUGUGCUGACGCUCCGGAGCCCGUUCAGGACGCCAGCAUCAUCGGGAUGCUGACCAUCACUCCCUGCAGCGAGAGCGUAUGUAUUCAUGCUGCAGAUCAGGAGUCUCGUGAACAUCUGAUCAAGCAUCAUUACAUGAGCCGUGUGUCAGAGCUCACCGCUCAGCUGCAGAUGUGUGACAGUAAAGCCGUCCACUUCCACGCUGAGUGUCGAGCUGUGGCCAAACGCCUGGCGAUGGCAGAGAAGUCCCGCGAGACGCUGACGGAGGAGCUGAAGCUGGCUCAUCAGAACAUCACACGCUUACAGGACGAGCUCAGCACCACCAAGAGGAGCUAUGAAGAUCAGCUGAGCAUGAUGAGCGACCACCUGUGCAGCAUGAACGACACACUCAGCAAGCAGCGCGACGAGAUCGACACGCUCAAGCUCGCCUCCAAGGGAAACUCAAAGAAGAACAAGAGCCGAUAAUGUGGACAGAAGUCUGUCUCAGUGACGGCAAACAUUCCCACACCGAACACCAGACAUGUGACAGGAAGCAGCUGAUCUCCAGAGGAACCACGGCUGUGCGUGUGUGUGUGCGUGUGUGUGUGUGUGUGUGCGAGAGUGUGAGUGUGAGUGCGUGUGUGAGUGUGUGUGUGUUUGUUUAAUGGUGGAAUUAAAGCGUCUGUUUCUCUUCACACAGAUGUUGUUUGUUAGAGAAAUCAUGCCUCAUACACACACUCAUACACACACAAGUCUGUUUUUAAUUCUGCAGAGAAGCGUGUGUGAUUAAUUCAGAGGUAAAAUCAUGGUAAACCCGUGUGCUUUUUUCCAAACAAAUAUUCUGAAGAAAUCGUCUGGAUGAGAAGGGUCCAUGUGAAUGAACACAUUGAAUCCACAGUGAUUUUCCUGCUUCAUUUCCUCAGAAAAUAAACCAUGUUUUUACGCACUAAAUCUAUUGUCGUUGUGUAGAGUUGAAGAAGUCAUAUAUCACAGAUUAUUGUGCAGUAGAGUAUGAUGUGAAUCUGUCACUGAAUCCAUUGAGCUCUUGAGUGCUCUGAUAGCUGAUGAAGGGCAGCAUGAGUGUCAUGAUCAUCUCAUCUUGGUCUCUCUCUUAUUUCUCUUUAUAUGGAUCUGUUUAGCAGCACAAUGUACUGGAUUCAACCAAAAUCAAGACAAUAAAGCUGUAAACUCA